CAUCUUUUUCUUUUUGUUUACAAGUUUACAACCCCACUUUUCCUCUCAAAUUCCUGUCUCUUUCUCUCUCAUCUGCCUUCACACUUUCACAGUAUUUGUCCACUCUCUUUGCCGGGGCGAAGAGGAGCACAAAAGCCACCGGAAUUCCCGUAUUUAUAAUCUCCAAAACCCGCAAUUUUGAUUGUUAUUUGGUGUACUGUGAAGUUGUCAAAAAUGUUUAAUGAAUUAAGUUUGGAAUCUGGAAUGAUGAUAUUGGAUGAGGCAUUUUCAAGAACGAGGAAGAUUAUGGAAGGAUACUCUAAUGUUAAGUUCAGUACAGAGGAGUACCAGAGAUUUUACGAAUGUGUAUACCUGCUGUGUGUCCAGAGAACUUCUUUUGAUAAUUCAAGGGUGCUCUACGAACGAUAUAAGAAUGGUUUAGAAGAGUGCAUCAACUCAUUGGUCCUUCCAGCACUGGAGAAUAAAAAUGAUGAGACUCUCUUGACUGAGCUUGUGAUGAAAUGGUCUAGUUAUCAAUUGAUGGCCAGGUGGCUAUCUAGAUUCUUUUGUUACCUUGACCGUUUCUAUACCCCCCGUGUUGGAGUUUGUAGCCUUUUGGAGCUAGCUAUGAGAUGCUUUCAUAACCUGAUAUUUCAGGUGAAUGCAAGGUUUGAUACUAAACUAGUUACUGCUGCAAUAACAUUGAUUCACCAGGAUCGCAACGGGGUGAGGAUUGAUAGGAACACUCUCAAGAAUGUUGUGGAGUACUUUGACAUUGUAAGAACAGUAGGAGGAACCUGCUAUGAUGAUUUUGAAAAGGCCCUUCUUGAAACCUCUGCUGCUCACUAUUCUCAAAUUGCUUCACACGGGCUUCUGCAUGAUUCAUAUGCUGAUUAUACGUAUAAGGUGCAAUGGUGCCUAAAUCAAGAAAGUGAAAGAGCUACGCAAUUUCUCAAUCCGUCUCUAAGAGAGAAGCUUCUGCAGGUGGUAAAUUCUUGUUUAGUUGAUCUUACAAAGUUAGCUGAGAAGCAACAAGCUGAAAACUAUGGCAAGUCAACAGAUUAUCAGGAUCUGCUGUCUAAAUGUGCUGAUCUUAAUAUUCGGGAUCCUGGUUCAGAUUCAAACUGGAAUAUGGUGCAGCAGUGAAAUCAAGCCAUGAGUAUAAUGCAGUGAUAUCACCAUUUUUGUGACCUUUGUUCUUCUUAAGUAAUUAUAUUUGAGGGUAGAAAUACAGAGUAGAAUUAUGGUUCAGAUGCUAGAUAGGUACUGUACUUGCAGGACUGGUUAAAAUCCUGUCAACUGCGGUAAUGCUUGUAUGUAUAUAAAGCGUUUCAACUUUUAUAUAUUUUCGAAUUAUUUUCUUAA